AUGUAAUUUGUCAAUUGCACUCCUUCUCCAAGAAAAUCACCUAUUACUAUGCAGGGGAAAUAGGGAAAAACGUACAAGUAAAAAAAGUCAAUGAAAUCAACAUCAAAAUAAUUAGAGAUUCCUCCUAUUUCUACUUAGAGAACGAUGAAGACAACAGACCAAAUUUUAUCAUAACGAAGUCCAAUAACUGGUACCACAAAAACAACAAAAUAUACCAUCGAAACAAAGCGGAGCAUGUCUCCUGAGGAAUUAAAAUCUUUCAGAAAAAGUAAUAAGACAUAAAAAAAUUAGGAAGACACAAAUAAUCCCAAACAAAGAUCUCCUUUAUCCACUGAAAAAAAAUAACAUUCCAAGAAAAUGUCUAUACAAUAAUAUAUGAAGGAUAAAAAGAAAUCAGAGCAGUUAAAAGAAAAGCUACUGCAAUAGAAAGUUUUGAAUGAACAAUAAAAAAAAUUAUGCAAUCUCUAAAAAUUACAAUUAGAAACUAAAUAAAUAAUUCAAAAUGCUAAAAAAAUAAAGAAGAAAUCGUCUAAAAAAAGAAUGAAAUGUAAAAAAUAAAUACUAGAUUAAAUUAUAAAAAGAUUUGAAGAAAUAUCUAAAAGGUAUGAAAAAGUCCAACUUGAUUAGAUUGACAAAUUCUAAUAAGAAGUUGCAAAACAUUAAUAAUCUUAUAAGACUUAGACUGAAAUUGAAUCCUAAAUCAAUUACAAUUAAGAAGACUUUGAUGCAUUUAAUGAAUACUAUUUACAUCAAGCAGCCUUAUUAAUUUAAAUUCAUUGGAAAGAACACAAAAAGAGAAAGAAUUAGUAAAAUAAGAAAGCAUCCCAAUCUAAAUUAUAAUAAAUCAGCAUAGAUUGGGAACCACAAUAAUUAGUCUCAUAAUAAACAUCUCCUAGCAAUUUCGAAGAUGGCUUUCUGUUUUGUCAAGGAGGAGAGAAAUAAGUUCAUAUCUCAAAUAUUAGGAGUUCGAUCAUUUCUGAAGAAUCCUCACCUAUUGUUAGUCAAUUAAAUUAAGAAUUUGAAAAUUGGAAUCUAUUUACUUAAAGAAUAGUUAAAAACAAAGAUAUUUCAAGCAUCAACAAAUAAAUGCAAUAAUAGAUUAUAUCAAUUGUUUAAACUCAUUUAAAAAAGUCUGAAAAUAUUUCAGAAAGAAGAAGCGAAAACGAAGUCCUAUAAGAGAAAAGCAUAAAUAAACAUCAAAAAUAAUUGAGUGAAGAUCUCUCUAAAUUUAAUGUACUGCAAUUGUAAAAACAAUCAUAAGAGGAAGAAAACCUAGUAUUAAACUAUAGAGAAGAAGUACUAUAUCUAAGGUAUGAUGUUGAAUAAAAAAAUACUACUGGCAAAGAUCAUCAAUUGCUUGAAGAAUGGCUAAAUAGAGAAUUAGAAGAUCUAUAAAAUACAAGAAAAGCUUUUGAAAUAGGUCAUCGAAGGGAAAUCUCAACACUAAAAAAGAUUCAACGAGACAUACUUAUUGCUUCUGCAGAGCUUUAAUCAGAUCCUUAAGAUAAUUUGCAGAUUUAACAGAUAUAGUAAUAAAUAGAUGAAUAAUUUAAUGGUCUUAAAGUUACUAGAUAGAAUAAUAAUAAAUUAUAAGAAGAAAUCCACUAAACUGUAGAUUUAGUAACUACUGAAAUUCUUAAUGAUGUGAUGAUGGAACUAACUGAAGAAGUGCUAAAUAAAAGGGAGGAUCUCUAUCUAUUAAUUUCAAAUCUUGUGGUGAAUUAAGAUGAACCACCUUGCGUUCCUACUUCAAUGGUUGAUAUCUCAUAAUAUAUUGAUAACCUAUUUAAAUAUAUUAUGGAAAAUUAUCAAUAGUCUUUGAUAUCAAAUUUGAGUGCUCCUUUUGGAUUUACACCUAAGCAGAGAUUGAGGCUUAUCCAUGGAAAUGAAGAUGAUGAUAUUGAUAAUAAUAAGGAACUCUAAGACCAAAUUGCAUUCCCAAUUGAUGAGGCUAUUUUUGUAGAAUAUGAAAACCAAAGAAUGCCAGCAACUGAUAAUGAUGAUGAAAUUGGAUGUGCCAUUCUGGAACUAUAGCAUAUCCACAAUAAAGCUAUCUUUGAUGCAUGUAAUGAGGUCUUAAAUCGUUUUAGACCAUUUUAUUAUAAUUCCGGGAUAAAAUACCCAUGGGAAUAAAAAAGAAAUAGUUUAGAAAAAAUAUUAAACACUAGCUUGGUUCAUAUAAUGGAAGAAGUGAAAUCCACAGUAUUGAAAUAGAGUAAAGUUCUGUGUGGCUUUUAUCCAACAGAAGACUUUGAAAUUAUUAAAUAGGAGAAAUAAGAAAUAAUAGAUGAGAAAAAUAUAUUAAUGCUUAUGUAGCAAUUAAAUCUAGUGGAAAACCCAUUAUUAAUUGAUACAAAUAUUUAAUUUGAUAAUUUGGCCUUAAUUAGGGAUGAGUAACUAUACAAACUACUUAUAGAAGAUAUAAAGGAAUAGGAAUACAAGUGGACUUUGAUUGAAGAUGAUCGUGCUGAAUACUUAAUGGAAUUAAGUGAUCAAAUUUUAGAGAAUCUUAUCGAAGAAGUCUCGAAAGAAAUGUGA